ACACCCCCCUCCUCCCCCCACCCCAACAGGAAACCGACUCGUUAACCGGCUGUUCCUCGCCGCUCUCGGUGUUCCGUGUUCCGGGCAGCAGCGGGACCGGGCCAGGUCCUGUCUGCCCGCGUGUGGACAGUAACCGGAGGACCGCGGGGGUUCUGAGCGGGUUUUCUGCGCGGGGAGGGGGGAGCGAGGCUGGCUAAGCUAGCGGAGCGGCUAGCUAGCUCGUCUGACUGGACUGGACGGUUCGAGCUCCGCGGAGUCUGAACCAGAGCCCGCCUCGGAGAGGGUUUGGACUGUUUACUUUUGGUUCACUUUGACAAAGUUAGCAGGACACGGAAACUGUGUCCGUGAGCGCGCGAGCGCUCCGCAGCGUCGGGAGCACGUCCGUGACGGCGGCUCACUUCACCGCACCGACUCACGCAGCGCGGACCGAACCGAACUGUCAGCGUUCGACGCAUCGAACCCCGGCCAGCCCUCCGCGGGGUGUGGACCGCUUAGCGACCCUCCAGCAGCACCUGUCGGCUCGCUGGGUCCCGCGGCGGAGCGGUUCUGGCGGCGCGCGGGGAGCGGUAGCAUGGAGGCAGCGCAGCCGGGCAGCAGCAGCUCGCCGCGGUUACAUAACGUCGACAGGUCGGGGGAGAAGCUGCCUGCCGUCGCCUCCCUCUCUCCCUCAUUUUCAUCCGCGGGACUCUGACAGCCGCGCGGGGCUCCUCCAAACACGCGCACACGCACAGUGUCACAACAGCGGCGGGGCAUGCACGCGGAGUGAGCCAGCGGGGAGACCGGAGAGCGCGCGCCACCGAACCCAAACAGCCCGUCAAAGAUGGAGUCUAACCCGCUUAUCAAAGCCAUGGACCCGUCCAUCACCUUGUGGCAGUUCCUGCUCCACCUGCUGGAGGACCAGCGGCAGCACCACCUGAUCUGCUGGACCGGUGAAGACGGCGAGUUCAAGCUGCUGGACGCUGAGGAGGUGGCCCGCUUGUGGGGCCUCUGCAAGAACAAACACAACAUGAAUUACGACAAACUGAGUCGUGCCCUCAGAUACUACUAUGACAAGAACAUCAUCAAGAAGGUAAGCGGACAGAAGUUUGUCUACAAGUUCGUGAGUCAGCCCGAUCCAUCACAGCCAGACGGUCUUCGAUGCUCCGACAUCAACCAGGGGAGAGACGCCGUGGACCCCGGCAGUCAGCUGAAAGGCCCGGGAGGUGGAGCUCCGCCCUGCCCGUCAAAGGGCCUUCCUCAGCGCUCAUCCCCCUGCAGCUCCCAGAAGAGCUCCAGAAACGACUACAUGAAGUCCGGCCUCUACUCCACCUUCACCAUCCAGUCGCUGCAAGCCCCGCCCCCACCCCGACCUGUCAAACCAGAGCUCCUGAUCCAGCAAGACCCCGCCCCCAAGGCUGACUGCCCCUCCAGGGAGACCCCCCCACAGAUCUGCAGCGUGUCGGAGCUGAAGCGGCCCCCGUCAGUGGGAGGGGCUGUGGACGCUCUCCAGGUGAUGGUCAAGCAGGCUUCUCCGUGUCAGACUCCGGCCCCCAGCCCACAGAUUCCCGCCUCCUCUCCCAGUCAGUCCCAGAACCCUCUAGGGCCGUCCUUGAGCGACCCCCCUCAGAUUUAUCUCACCAGCGUUGGGGAGCCGUCUUCUCUGACUCCUCUUCUUCCUAUUGGUGGGAGCGUGAGCCCCGCCCCCCCACCACAUGCCCCCGGUGGCCCCCAGGACCCGCAGCAGGAGGACCACAGUGCCAUCUCCAGCACACUGCCUCCCCAUCCAGCUCACGCCCACCCGGUCCUGCUCAUCAUCAACCCCCCUCCUCAGCAGCAGGCUGCGGUGGCCACGCCCCCUUCUGCUGCCCCUCCCACCACACGCCCUCCGCCUCCCCCCAUCAUCAUCAAGGAGGAGCACUUACCAUCGGAGCUCCUGGAGAUAGUGGCGCUGGACAGGAAGGUGGAGGAGGUCCCUCAGCUGAUCUGCAGCUCAGCAGAGUCAGAGACCCCCCCGGCCAUCAUGGAGACCCCCCUCCCUCCCUGUGUGGAGCCCAGCAUCAGAGUUCACCCGGAGACGGGGAAGGCCCAGGAGGACCCCCCCAGCACUGUGACGGACCCCCCCGACCCCCCUGUGGCCUCCGUGCUGGACGCUGUCCCCCCCAAGCAGAAGAAACCGCGGGGCCUGGAGCUCCCCUCCUCCCCCUCCCUGCCACCUGGCCUCUCCCUGGAUAAGGUAAACGCGGCCGUCAACAGCUUACUGGCUCCUGGAUCAGCCACCAACACCCUGACCCCGACAGUCAUCACGUCCCACGCCCUGACCCCCGUGCUGCUGACGCCCAGCGCCCUCCCCUCCACCAUCCACUUCUGGAGCACGCUCAGUCCCAUCGCCCCCCGCUCACCGGCCAAGCUGUCCUUUCAGUUCCCGUCUAACGGCAAUAACCAGAUCCAUAUCCCGGCUCUGAGUGUGGACGGCCUCUCCACCCCAGUGGUCCUGUCCCCGGGCCCCCAGAAGCCCUGAGCUGGUCUCUGCAGAGCUCCAACUGCAAGCCCCGCCCCUUUUUAACAGGAGUGGAGACUCCAGGAUGUCAUCUAAAAAGUCAAUUCUACGCCGAAUAAGGAUGAAGGAGCUUUAGCUCCGCCCUUGCGUCCUUCAGACUUCAUCUGGGGACCGUGUUCCUGUAGUGGCGCUCGGACCGACCCGUGAAGAGGCUGCAGACGGACAGCGAGGGGUUUGAGCCCACCGGGCUCUCCGAGGUCCUUCUGGGCGUUUUAAUGUGAAUCUGUGUCCCGCCCGGCUGUUUUUAAACCUCUUUCAGUCAGCUGGGACGGCCUUUUGGCUUUGUUUCUUUCUGCACAAAUCGAGGCCACGCCCCCAUCCACCUGUGCACCUGCUCCUCUUGGACCGGGCUCUACAGCAUCGGACGAGGCUGACCAAUGAGAGACGAGGAUGUUGGGACACGUGAUUCAGGUCUCUCAGAGAGCUGCCAGCUUCAGACGUCCUCUCAGCUUCUGCUGCAGACUUCCUGCUGAAGCUCUUCACACGGCGGCGAGGAAGAGGAGAGCGGCUGCAUCGUUCCACCUGCCGUCUGAGCCAGGACAGUCAGUCAUGACUCCAUGUUUGAUUUGAGAGGGAAAACAAAGAUCUGCUGCACUUUCUCAUGCUUUCAACUGCGAAACAAACGGAGUGGUUUGUGCUUCUUGUGUACCAGCUCUCAAAAGAACUUUUUAUGUCUUUAAAAAGAAAAAAGAAGAUUCCUCAGAGAUCCUUUUAAAGCUCUAAACACGGGACUUCCUGUUGGAGCAACAAUCAUAUUUCUUUGUCUCAGCUGCUCCCUUUAGGGGUCUCCACAGUGAGGCAAAUCUGAUCCACCUGAUCUGAUCCUGAUCUGAUCCUCUGCCCCCCCCCCCUCAUUUCCUCUCUUCUUUCCUGGUCUCUCCAUCAUCAUCAUCAUCAUCACUCUUCCUCCUCUAGUGUCCCAACGCCUCCAUCUGCUUGAUCUCCAGAACACUCACAUGAUCUGAUCCUCUGGAUUCAUUCCUGAUCCACCUUUCAUCCCUGAUGGCUCCCGUCAGUCACACAUCUCACCUGACUCCUCCCCCACCUGUUCCAUCCCCCUGUUUCCUGCUCUCUCUGGUUCUGGACUGUUCCCUCCUUGUUCCUCUUUUGCUGCUGCUCAGCUCGAUGCCUUUUGUUCUUUUAUUCAUUGAAUUAUGACAAAUUAUUUUUCAUAAAUGAAUGAUUAUAUUUUAUAUAAAGGCCACCUCAAAAGAAUCAUAGUUGGUGAA